CCAACCUUCCCAACUGCUCAGACUCUGCUCAGACCCACAGGAUGUCCUGCCGCUCCUACAGAAUUAGCUCAGGAUGCGGUGUCUCCCGAAACUUCAGCUCCUGCUCAGCAGUGGCCCCCAGAACCGGCAACCGUUGCUGCAUCACCGCUGCCCCCUACCGAGGGGUGUCCUGCUACAGGGGGCUGACGGGCUUCAGCAGCCGCAGCCUCUGUAACCCUGGCUCCUGUGGGCCCCGUAUGGCUGUUGGGGCCUUCCGCUCUGGCUCCUUUGGCCGCAGCUUUGGCUACCGCUCCGGAGGCGUGUGCGGCCCCAGCCCGCCCUGCAUCACCAGCGUGUCCAUCAACGAGAGCCUCCUCACACCCCUCAACCUGGAGAUCGACCCCAACGCGCAGUGCGUCAAGCACGAGGAGAAGGAGCAGAUCAAGUGCCUCAACAGCAGGUUCGCUGCCUUCAUCGACAAGGUGCGCUUCCUGGAGCAGCAGAACAAGCUGCUGGAGACCAAGUGGCAGUUCUACCAGAACCGCGAGUGCUGCCAGAGCAACCUGGAGCCGCUGUUCGAGGGCUACAUCCAGACUCUGAGGCGGGAGGCCGAGUGUGUGGAGGCCGACGGUGGGAGGUUGGCCUCGGAACUCAACCAUGUGCAGGAGGUGCUGGAGGGCUUCAAGAAGAAGUAUGAAGAGGAGGUAGCUCUGCGAGCCACAGCAGAAAACGAGUUUGUGGUUCUAAAGAAGGAUGUGGACUGUGCCUACCUGCGGAAAUCAGACCUGGAGGCCAAUGUGGAGGCAUUAGUGGAGGAGUCAAGCUUCCUGAAGCGCCUCUAUGAAGAGGAGAUCCGUGUUCUUCAAGCCCACAUCUCCGACACCUCAGUGAUCGUCAAGAUGGACAACAGCCGGGACCUGAACAUGGACUGUGUCGUGGCCGAGAUCAAGGCUCAGUAUGAUGACGUGGCCAGCCGCACCCGGGCCGAGGCUGAGUCCUGGUACCGCACCAAGUGUGAAGAGAUGAAGGCCACGGUGAUCCGACAUGGGGAAACCCUGCGCCGCACCAAAGAGGAGAUCAACGAGCUGAACCGCAUCAUCCAGAGGCUGACAGCAGAGAUAGAAAAUGCCAAGUGCCAGGCAGCCAAGCUGGAGGCUGCUGUGGCUGAGGCAGAGCAGCAUGGUGAGGCGGCCCUCAAUGAUGCCCGCUGCAAGCUGGCUGAGCUGGAGGGAGCCCUGCAGAAGGCCAAGCAGGACAUGGCCUGCCUGCUCAAGGAGUACCAGGAGGUAAUGAACUCCAAGCUGGGCCUGGACAUUGAGAUCGCCACCUACAGACGCCUCCUGGAGGGUGAGGAGUACAGGCUGUGCGAGGGUGUGGGCUCCGUGAAUGUCUGCGUCAGCAGCUCCCGCGGUGGAGUCACCUGUGGGGGCCUCACGUUCGGCACCACUCCUGGUCGCCAGAUUGCCUCUGGCCCCUCUGCCACAGGGGGAAGCAUCACGGUGAUGGCCCCCGAUUCCUGUGGUCCCUGCCAGCCCCGCACCUCCACCUUCAGCUGCGGGAGCAGUCGGUCAGUGCGCUUUGCGUAGCGUGGGGGCCUCUGCCCCACCUCUCCCUGCCCCGCACUGAGUGGUGUGUGUGUGUGGAAAAUGUGUGCUUGCUUCCAGAAUCUUCCAGAUGUUCCUACAGAGGGAAAGACCCUUGGUUCGCUGUCCUCCACCUUCUCGUCUUAGGGAGCUGCUCCCUAGUUCUCCCCACUUCAGUUAGAGGGUCACUCCCAGCCCUUCACUUAACUCCAACUUUGCCUCCAGACCCUUGUGGCCAGUAUGUGUUACUCACCAGGCUCUCUAGGAUGCUGUCAGUCAUCCCGAGUGGCUGGCAAUGUGGAAGCUUGGCCUCCCCUGAGUCAAGGCAUGACCCUAACCACCCAGCCAGGGCUCCCACAACCUAAGAAUCAGAGCAGUGUCCCCCAGCCCCAGCAGAUGGGCAGCACUGCCAGAUUAUUCUUGGUUGUGUUUGCUUGUCUCUCUGGCUGCCUGCCUUCCUCUGGGUGACCCUGCUCCAGCCAGACCUCUUGUGUGACCUGCAGUGGAGAGGCUCAUUGUUGUGAGAAUCCUUUCACCUGUAGCCUGCUGGCUGGGGGACUUUGGAUGAGUCUUGCUACUCGGUGCACCUUUAUACAUUUCAAAGACCUUGUGGUUGUUCCAGAUGUCCCUCUGCCAGGUGCAGGAGGGGACUGUCCAGUGUAGGGGUGGGGUGGAGAACCUUAGACUGUUUCCUGGGUCCCCCUCUGGUUAUGUCUGUGGGUG